AUGAAGUUUUUUGCCCCGUUUAAUGCUUGUAUUGCCUUGCUCACGAUUCAAGUGAGUGCAAACGGUGUUUGCUACGAUCCGGAUCAUUCCAUCAGCGGCACAAUGGACGCUGAAAGCGUCAAAGUCGAUAUGGCUGUCAUCAAGAACCACGGGUUCACAAGUGUUCGCACAUACAUCUCCCAGUUUGGCAGUACAAACUUGGGUCUUGCCAUUGAUAGUGCCAACCUCGGACUCAAAGUUGCGCUUGGGGUUCCGUACCCUCAGUCCGACUAUCUGAUCCAAAUGGGAGCUGCUCUUACUGCUGCCAACUCGACUUUUCUUGCCUAUAUUUUUGUGGGGAAUGAAAACCUGGCAGAUGCCAUGGAAGUACCUGACGAAAUGAUCAAUCUCAUUAAAUACAUCAAAAAGCGUGUGCCAAAGACAGUGAAGGUUGGAACCGUGCAGCGCAACACUGAAGUCAUCAACUAUAGCAGAAUCUUGGGCUGGUCGGAUCUUGUAGAUGCUUGCGAUGUCCUGGGUGUGAACAUUCACCCGUACUUUACUCCUGGAACAUCUGCUGUUAACGCCAUUGACGUCGUGAAAACUCAAUGGGCAACUAUGGAGCAAACCUUUGGCGACAAACUCAUGGUCACGGAGACGGGCUGGCCAUCAUGUGGCAAGCUCUUCGGUAACAUUGGCAGCGCAGAGGGCGCAGAGCACUUUUACCGCGACUACCAGGCGUGGACGAGCUCGAUGGUUGAAUCGUUUUACUUUCAAAUGUUUGACACGCCUUACAAACACCAGCCGUUUGAGAAAGCGUACGGCAUUCUCACAAACGAAUCGGCGGACAAGUUUGAUCUGGGUUAUCAAUGA